UGCCUGUCGUUGAGACUGUCGGGCAGAGUGAUCGCGAGAGUUCGGCGAGUGCGGAUCGCGCGUAUACUAAGAUAACGAGUGCUAAUCAACGUAGAGAGGUAUUUUUCGCUGUUUGUCUCUCGUCUGAUAAGCGACGAUCGGGCCGAUAAGCAAGUCGGGGAGGAAGAAACUCCAAGUUACUCCGAGGAGAAACCGGUUUGGCGAGUACAGUAAAAGAAGGGACAGCAAAGAGCUGGCACUAUCAGUUGUCGUUGCGUGAGCGGACGAGUACGUCCUGUGUACUGCGUGUGUAUCACGCACUCGAUCACACGAGCGACAGUCGUUCUCGCCCAGUCAUGAAUCGCUGGACAGGUAGAGUAGCUGUGGUGACCGGAGCCAGUGUCGGUAUCGGCGAGGCUAUAGCCACGACACUCGUCGAGCACGGCCUCAAAGUCGUCGGCCUGGCGAGACGACUCGACAAGUUACACAAGAUCACCGAACGGCUCGCAUCCGCGAAAGGCACUUUUUACCCGGUACAGUGCGAUGUUACGAAGGAGAAUGAGAUCCUCGAGGCGUUCAAAUUCACCGAGAACCUCGGCGGCGUCGACGUUCUCAUCAAUAACGCGGGCGUUCUUUAUUCGGAGACUAUCAUCGAUGGUACCACUGAGAAAUUCCACGCGACACUGGACGUGAAUGUGAUUGCCACUGCGAUCUGCACGCGAGAAGCCACGAGAUCGAUGAGAGAACGCAACGUCGAAGGGCAUGUUAUCAAUAUAAACAGCAUCGUCGGGCACGACGCCAACAGGGCGCAAGCUCCGUUAAGCCUUUAUCAUGCGAGCAAAUACGCGAUAACAGCAAUGACAGAGGUGGUCAGGAACGAACUUACCGCUGCAAAAGCGCCGAUUAAAGUGACGAGCUUGUCACCCGGCUUGGUGAAGACGGAUAUGGCCAUGUCAAUAGUGGAUACCGAUACACUUUUCAAACUCGCUCCGCACUUGCUGAGCCAGGACGUGGCCGACGCGGUCGUGUACGUUCUCGGUACACCGCCGCACGUACAGGUUACGGAGCUGACUAUUAUCGGUAGCGCUCUCGAUGGGGGGGCUUAGCGAACGACGUCCGACCACGAUUCUAUCCAGUGGCAACAGUAGCAAGAUGACUCGAGUAUCCCACGCACACUCUUUGAUUCUUGAGGGAAAUCCGAAAUAUCUUACGGUCUAGGUUAAAACAAGAUGUCGAUUUUCUCCAUAAAUGUCCGUACGCUAGUGUCGCAGGAUAAACUAUUUUCAGUAUUGAUUGAGUAAAAGAUAUAAUAAUGCUCUGUCUAUCCUAUCUAUUCUAUUUCUAUCGUAGAAGUUUGUUGAAAAGUGAGAUAAAGUGAAAUGAAAUGAAAUAAAUGAAACGAAAUUGUAUCUUGCA